AAAACUAGUUCUUGUUAAUGAAGAAUUGCAGACACUUAUGCUGUCUAUGUGGAAUGCUUUUAUUGACAAUGAAGGCUCCAAGAUUAUUUCGGAAAUUCAGAAUUAUCCUGUUCUUAUUGGAAGAAGGCUAAAGGUUCAAAAUUAUAAUGGAGUGGCUCUUUCUACUUGGUUUGAUUCAGCAAUUCUUGUGAAUCCACCUGUCCAAGAAGCAAGGGAACUCAAGAACUGGGCAAGUAGAAAUGCCAAAUGCCUUGCAGACAUUGUUGCAAAGAGAACAUACAGUCGAUACAAUCCUGAUCUCUCUUUCCAAGCAGAUCAAAAAAUUACUGAUAUAUCAAAUAUCAGCUCAAAACACAAGGUGUAAAUUUGAUGUUGACCUCUCUGAUGACACCGGAACAGUCACAGCCACAAUGUUUGGCGAUUUAGCUGAGAAACUGCUAACGUUCACAGCAAAAGAAGCAAUGGAGCAUUAUUUUCAGAAUAUGGUGUUACCACUUGAGGUUCUGCAUGAAGACCUAAAAUCCAAGAAAUUCCUUGCGUACAUUAGACCUGUACAGGUUCCCUUGGCU